UUCACCGGGGUUGCUCUGGGACCUUCUGGGAAAGGAGGUGCAGGGCUCCAGGAAGCCAGUGUCCGGGGAGUGCUGUGCUGAGUCCAAGGGCCUGGCCAGGGCAGGCGUGGACAGAUCGUCUCAGAGGAGCCAGGGCGUCCCUUCCUCCAGAUUUAGCUAAAGGAAACGUGGAACAUCUCAUCGGUCAUCCUCCCCACUCUCCAGCUCCGCUCCAGAGGCCCCUCCAGACUAUCCGCCGGCCGCUGCCCCUUUAAGCGCCGCACUCCUCCCCCAGCGGUGGCACUGAGGAAGUGGGGGUUGGGGGUGGCUGAGCGCUCACGCCCCGGACUGCUAAGGAAGAUGGUCCAGGCUGGGGGAGUCGCUCUCAAGUCCCGCUGCCCCCUCCCCUGAGCCAGGUGAUUUGGGAGGCCCCCUUCUUCCUUCUUUCCCUCCCACCCCACGCGCCACCAGGGAUGACUCCGUGGCCUCACGGGAACAGUACUCUGGCCCCGUGGCCAGACGUCCCCAAUACCGCCAACACCAGUGGGCUGCCAGGGGUGCCGUGGGCGGCGGCCCUGGCCGGGGCGCUGCUGGCGCUGGCGGUGCUGGCCACCGUGGGAGGCAACCUGCUAGUCAUCGUGGCCAUCGCCCGGACACCGAGACUCCAGACCAUGACCAACGUGUUCGUGACUUCGCUGGCCACAGCCGACCUGGUAGUGGGACUCCUGGUGGUGCCGCCGGGGGCCACCUUGGCGCUGACUGGCCACUGGCCGUUGGGCGCCACUGGUUGCGAGCUGUGGACCUCAGUGGACGUGCUGUGUGUGACCGCCAGCAUCGAAACCCUGUGCGCCCUGGCCGUGGACCGCUACCUGGCGGUGACCAACCCGCUGCGUUACAGCGCUCUGGUCACCAAGCGCCGCGCCCGGGCAGCCGUGGUCCUGGUGUGGGUCGUGUCGGCCGCGGUGUCGUUUGCGCCCAUCAUGAGCCAGUGGUGGCGCGUAGGUGCCGACGCCGAGGCGCAGCGCUGCCACUCCAACCCGCGCUGCUGUGCCUUCGCCUCCAACAUGCCCUACGUGCUGCUGUCCUCCUCUGUCUCCUUCUACCUUCCACUCCUCGUGAUGCUCUUCGUCUAUGCGCGGGUUUUCGUGGUGGCUACUCGCCAGCUGCGCUUGCUGCGCGGGGAGCUGCGCCGCUUUCCGCCGGAGGAGUCUCCGCCGGUGCCGUCGCGCACUCUGGCUCCCUCCUGCGCGGGGACGUGCGCUCCGGCUGAAGCUGUGCCCGCCUGCGGCCGGCGGCCCGAGCGCCUCCUGCCUCUCCGGGAACACCGGGCCCUGUGCACCUUGGGUCUCAUCAUGGGCACCUUCACUCUCUGCUGGCUGCCCUUCUUUCUAGCCAAUGUGCUGCGCGCCCUGGGGGGCCCCUCUCUGGUCCCCGGCCCGGCCUUCCUCGCCCUGAACUGGUUAGGCUAUGCCAACUCUGCCUUCAACCCGCUCAUCUACUGCCGCAGCCCGGACUUUCGUAGCGCCUUCCGCCGUCUUCUGUGCCGCGGCGGCGCCUGCCUGCCCCGGGAGCCCCGGGCCGCCGCCUCCCCGGCCCUCGUCCCCUCGGGCGCCUCCGCGGCCGGCACCAGCCCCGCACAGCCCAGGCUUUGCCGACAGCUCGACGAGUUUGACGGCCGUGGAGGUGAGAAUCCACUUCCGGUAUGAAGUGCAGCUGUUGAGUGAGGAGCCUGGCUUCCUGGGGAGUUUCUUAGGCCUGAAGGACAAGAAGCAACAACUCGGUUGAUCAGAACUUGUGGAAAGCCUCUAGCCUCUGUUCACAAUGAGUCCCAUGGGAUUUCCGGGUUGUGACACUUUACCCUCCAGAACCUGGCGACUAGGCCAUGUGACCCGAGGAGGGAAUCCUUACCAAGUGGGUUUUCACCAUCCUUUCACUCUCUGAGAGAUGUUUUCUAAACUCCACCCUUGAACUUCACUCCUCCUUCAGUGGUAGAGCCCAGCUGCCCGGAGCAGCCAGCUGGCUUUGGUAGAGGGCACCCGUCACCUGGCUCGCUUGUGCAGUCAGUGAGUGCUUAGGGCAAAGAGAGCGCCCCCGGUCCCAUUCUUUCUGCCACCCAAACCCUGAUGAGAUCGCAGUGUUCUCCAGGCUCCAUAGCCCAGGCUGAGAGUAGCAGGCUGGAAAAGACCAAGAUUUGGGGUUUUGUCUCUAGUUCCCUCAUUACGGCUCUCAAACACUGGCCUGUCUCACUGUAGCUAUGGAAAGGCUCCGAUCUACCUCACGGCAGUGUCAGAAGGUCUUUGUCAGGGUUCGGGAGCUCCAGGUUCACAGGAAGGUGAACCAUUAGAACAUAUCUUUUCUUUUCCUUUUGCAAUCAGAUGAAUAAAUAUCACUGAAUGCAGUUCA